AUGGAAGCCAACCUGCAGGACAAGCCCAUUCUUCUGCACCUCCGUCCAUCCUUGGAACUUCGCCAGCCCAACUAUUUCACGACACGUCGCCGCCAUCGCCGCGCUGCCGCCACCGCCGUUGCUGCUUGUUUGGAUCUUCUUGUCAUGUACUCCGCACAACCAACAGGCGCCGACGGUGCGACAAUCAAUCCCGCUGCCCUCAACUCUGACAUCUUCAGCGCGCCGCCUCGGGGUAUUAAGCGGAAUCGAUCUCCGGACCUUAUCGACUCUCACCGGCCUGGCGAUGACGGUGAUCGCUAUCUUCAGCCCAAACGAAUAAGACCAAUGAAGGCCCGAACGACAGGAAGCAUUUCCGAGGCCCCCGGGCAAGCCCCGGGCGGACCCGUGCCUCAAGCCAUCCCGCCGCCUCAAGCGCCUCAAUCGCAAAACCCUGCGAUUCCGACUCAGACGACGCCAUCCUACUCGACUCCUCAGGCGCAGCUGCCUCCUAAGCCCGCGCCGGCCAAGACGACCCUCAAAGCGCUGCCCACGGUGCGAGAUCAUACCACUGACCAGCUCAACCCUUCGGGCGACGAGUACAUCCCGCGUGAGACGGACGAGUUUGGUGAGAAGAAGGUGAUGCCUAAUGGCCAGCUCCUUGGCAACCGCCAAUACAGGUGUCGCACAUUCCUGGUUCCAAACCGUGGAGACAAGCUCUUUAUGCUGGCCACCGAAUGCGCCCGAGUGCUGGGAUACCGAGACUCGUACCUCUUGUUUAAUAAGAAUAGGUCGCUCUACAAGAUUAUCGCUAGCCAAGCCGAAAAGGAUGACCUUGUCCAGCAGGAGAUCUUGCCCUUCUCGUACCGAUCGAGGCAGAUCGCCAUUGUUACCGCCCGGUCCAUGUUCCGACAAUUUGGAAGCCGCGUCAUUGAAAACGGCCGCCGAGUCCGAGACGAUUACUGGGAAACAAAGGCCCGGAAGCAAGGCUUCACCGAAGCCGAUCCCGCUGGAGAGAAGCGACCUGGAGCCGCCAAGGCCAGAGAGGCCGCCGAAGCAGCGCAGAACAAUGUUCUGCUGGGCAACCCGCAUACGGAAAUCGUGUAUAACAACACGCCUGGACCGUACCCCGGUGCGCCUCAGCCUCACCUCGUUCAAGACCUCAGUGACAGCAGAUCCAGGGACUACGGCGGUAUCGUCAAGGGCGGCCCCCGACAGGAGAUCACCGGACCGCCGUACCAAGAUCAGACCAGGCCCUCCCCUCUGGUGGAAAUCCAUUCGCAGGCCCAUCACGCCGCCGACUUCAACCGAUCGGUGAACCAGCAACGUGAUAUGCGCGACAACUACCUUCAGGGUAUUUGGCGCCGGCCACACGAGCAACCUACUCAGUCCGCCCUCGGCCAACAGCCCGUUGCUGCAUCGGCCGACCCGACUAUUCCCACUAGCCGGCCAACGAAUUCGCCUCACACCAGCGCAGCUGGCAUAGCCCAACCCGGCAUUGUUUCGUCUCAAAGCCCACAGAUGAUGAUGACUGCGGCCCCAUACUCCCAGUCCAUCAGUGCGCAAAGCGCGCUCGGUCAAGCUCCCAUCAGAGGGUCUACCGGUAGCAUCAGCGCUGGAACGGCUGGAUAUAGCUAUCAACAGCCGGGCCAGAUGUGGUCUCAGAGUCCCCAGACGCCGCAAACUAGCUACAGCAGCUAUACAACGCAGCCUCAGGCCCAGCAUCCUUCCCAGUCUCCUGCAUCUCAGCUCCGCCAGACUGGCGCCAGCCAGAUGCAGCCGGGCAUGCAGUUCCCCGGCAUGGGAAGCAUGCAAUACAGCACCAGUCAGGGCAUUGCGCAGUCAGCCUCUCAACCAUGGUCGGGCCAACACCAACAAUCUCAACAGUGGUGGACGCCUCAACAGCAACAGUAA